CCUAUAUAUAUAUCCAUAUUUUAUAUUAUUCCCAUAAAAGAAUUGAUUUCCUUCUUUUCAUUUUUUUUUUAUUUUAUCAAUCGUAUUCAUAUGACUGAACUACAACAAGAAGUUGAGCAAUCACAUACAAGAUUAUUUGAAUCCCAAGAUGAAGGUUUAUUUGUCGGUUCUGAAUGUAGUUUCAUGGCGUCAUCCAACCACGGUUUUGCAGACACUACUAGUACGUCAUCAUCACCAAAUACACUGAUCGAUAGUAUUGUUUGUUCCUCCACUGAGAAUCCGUUCAACACCUGUCAAGAAACACCAGUAACGGAAACCCAUAAAUGUACAAGAUGUAAACGAUGGAGAAGUGUCGACCUUUUUAAAAACGAUGACCCCACUCAACCACGGCAUGCAGGAUGUUUAGAAUGUAGAGAAAACGCAAGAAAGUAUGGUCAAAGUGAAUAUGGAAAAGCUACAAGACGUCAGUAUAACCAAACAGCCAAGGCCAAGGAAACAAGGAAAAAGUAUGCUCAGUCCGAAAAAGGAAGAGAAUCAAGGAAAAAGUACGCUCAAAGUGAAAAGGCCAAAGAAGCAAGACGAAAAUAUAGUCAAAGUGAAAAGGCCAAAGAGACUCGAAGGAGGAGAAUCCAAGCACGACAAAAACAAAAGAAACAAGAAGAACAGACAAUGAUUGAAAAUACAUUUGAACUUGUCCCUUCGUAUAUUGGUAGUAUCACAUUUGAUGAAGAUAAAAGCAAUAUCAACGGUAACCGCAAAGAUAAAUCGAAGAAUAAUAACAAUAAUGAUAUGAAAUCGAUGGAAAAGGCAUUCUGGCAAACAGUUUCACGUACCAUUUAUGAUAGAUCAAAAGAAGAAUACGACAAGUAUAUUGAACAACAUGACAAUUUGGAAGUGGAUAUUCGGCUCAAAUACAGACGUACAAAAUGAACAUUACAUAAACAUAUUCAUGUAGUAGUAUAGUUUUUAUCAUGCCCCGCUUUUUUCUUUGUUGUCAAAUAAAACCAAUAUUGUUUCAUAUCAUUUCAUCAAUCGAAUGAAUUGGUUUCUAAUAAAAAGGGGACUGUAUCAUCUUCAAAUCAGG